CUUUCAAGGGAAGCUUGUUGUCUGUUUCAAAAGGAAACCCUCACCAAUCGCUUCGCUGCACUUCACACUCUUUAUACUUUUCAGUGCUGAAGAGGACAAAGAAAUUCAAUUCUGGAAGUUCCAGUGAACUAGGGUUUCGACGCGGCCAUGGAAGAGGAGAAGGUGGGAACCCCGUCGUCAGCGUCGAGAGGUAACAAUGGCAGUGAUCAAUGUCCGGCGAGUGUAAGCCCUAGAGCGCGCAUUGUUUCCGUUGCCUCCAACAUUGCCUCGCAGCCUCUUCACAACUCUGAUCCUCGCGUUUGGGGCGUUCUCACUGCCAUUUCCAAUAAUGCCCGCAAAAGGCACCAGGGAAUUAACAUUAUAUUAAGUGCUGAUGAACACUGCCUUGGGCGAUUGGUAGAGGAUGUGCGUUUCCAGAUUGAUUCCAAUUCUGUUAGCGCAAAUCAUUGCCGAAUAUACAGGAUGAAGGUUACUAAUGAAAAUAUGGAGAAUGCCACAUCAAUACUCUUGAAAGAUACAAGCACAAAUGGAACUUACCUAAACUGGGAGAAAUUGAAAAAGAAUGGUGCUGCGGUGAAAGUCUGCCAUGGUGAUAUUAUAUCAUUUGCUGCUCCUCCGCAGCAUGAUCUGGCUUUUGCUUUUGUAUAUCGAGAUGUGCUUGUGUCUAGCCCCAUGCCAGAUAAUGCAGUUGUUAAACGAAAAGCAGAGGAUUUUAUUUCUGAAAACAAGAGAUUGAAAGGUUUAGGCAUCGGUGCUCCUGAGGGUCCCAUAUCUCUAGAUGAUUUUCGAAGCCUUCAAAGAUCAAACACAGAAUUGAGAAAGCAAUUGGAGAAUCAAGUGGUUACAAUUGAUACUUUGCGUAGUGACAACCGAACAGCUGUUGAACGCCAUGAGAGUGAAAUAAAAUCAGUCAAAGAAUCAGUUGCAAACGGUUACCUUGACCAAUUAAAAGAAUUACAGCAAACAGUGGAUCUCAAACAGAAGGAAUUGGGGGAUCUCAACAAAGCGUCUGCUGAACAAAGACAUGCCCUGGAAGACCUUAAUGAAAGGCUCAGUGCUUCUACACAGUCGUGUGCUGAAGCAAAUUCAAUAAUAAGUAGUCAAAAGGUAAACAUAGCUGAACUAAAGGAACAAUUAGAUGAUGAGCGGACUCAACGAAAAGAAGAGCGAGAAAAGGCUGCAGCUGAUCUAAAAGCUGCCGUUCAUAAAGCCCAGUCUGAGGCUGAAGAGGAAUUAAAACGACUCUCUGAUGCUGCCUUAAGAAGAGAAAGAGAGCUACAGGAAGCAAUAAAUAAGCUUCAGGAGUCAGAGAGAGAAAUGUCUUUGCUGGCUGAAACCUUGAGGUCCAAGCUGGAGGAUACCAGGCAAAAGUUGGUUAUAUCUGACAAUAAAGUUCGCCAAUUGGAAACCCAAGUACAUGAAGAGAAACUAGCCGCUGAAAAUGAAGUGAAGAAAGUAGAACUUGAACAACAGGAAACAAGAAGAUUAAGGAAAGAGCUUGAGAGCGAAAAGCAGGCAGCACGAGAAGAAGCAUGGGCUAAAGUUUCUGUUCUUGAGCUUGAGAUAAAUGCUGCAAUGAGAGAUCUUGAUUUUGAAAGGCGGAGGUUAAAAGGUGCUAGGGAAAGACUAAUGCUUCGGUAAGACUAGAUUUAAUGUUGAUUAUAAUCAUUGAACAUUUGUGAUUUGAAAAGUUGGGGAUUUGAUGUUGAUUAUAAUAAUUGGACAUUUGUGAUUUGAAAAGUAGGUAGAAUCCCCAACAUAGACUACACUUACUUGCAUAGUAGACUUAUCAAUUUGGCCCAUCUCAUAGGAUUUGGCCUUGAACCACAUGGGUUAGGGUCAAAAAAGCCCACCGGGCCAAAAAAAGCCUAUAUAGAAAAAGCUUGCAGGACCAAAAUAUCAACAAAGCCUUAUGGGUUAGGGCCAGCUCAU